CUUCGCUCGGCUCUUGGAUUCUCUCCGCUUCAUCAUGGCAGCUCCAGCGCUCAGCAUGUGAAAAGUGGACAGAAGGAAACAGGACGCGGCCUGCACGAGUGCCGUGUAACGGACAGCGAGCGGCUCUGACUGAAAGAAAAACUACGUUAUUCAGUGUGCAAUAGGAAUUGGCAUUUUCAGUGAACAUCUUAUCACCGUUCCACCCUUUGCUCUUUUCAUCUUUGCCGCAUGACCCCUGUGAAGUCCUGGAUUAUGUUUAUCUCACUUUUUCUGUGCUCUAUAAUCUGGCUGAACCGUGGUUUCAAACUUAGAAUAAGGGGCACAUAGAGCCAAAGUUCCCUCAUUUCACCCUGUUUUGUCAGUUCUGGAUGUAUCAUACCUAAAUUCAGCAGGGGAUCCAUGCACUAGCCCUCUGUAGGACAAUGCCAACAGCCAUUGCCAAACUAUCUCUUUGUAUUUUCUUAUUGUGAUGAACCAAAAACUGUAAAUUUUCCAAAUUCUUUUGCUACUGCAAUGUACUAAGACCAUUAUUGGGCAGCAGAGACUUAAGACCCCAAGGAAGACACUGGGGCGGAGUAGGCUGCACCAAUGUCUACUGAAGGAAUUCAGUACCGGGCACUAUACAAAUAUAGCAAGAAGAGGGAUGAAGACCUUGAUCUAUUGCCAGGUGAUAUUCUGUUGGUCAGCCGAGCAACAUUGCUGUCUCUUGGCUACAAAGAUGGAGAUGAACAGGACCCUGGUCGUAUUGGAUGGAUUCUGGGGGUCAAUGAAAGAACAAAACAGAAAGGGGACUUUCCAGGGACGUACGUGGAAUUUAUUGGGUUAGUCAAAAUGACACUGCCAUCCCAUCCUCCCCGGAGACAUCGACCUUUACCUGCUACUCCUACAUCUAGAACUGAACAUUCUAACCUACCAGGGACAUUUCUCCCCGAGUUGGUUGAUCAGUUUUCCCCUCCAGAGGUGGCUCCACCCAUUCUUGCAAGAUUUCUGGAGGCUAUUGAAAAAAGAGGAAUUGACAGUGAAAUGCUAUAUAGGACCUCUGGGAUUGUGUUGGGAAGUACACUGAAAACCGAUCUUUCUGGACUCGACUUGAAGGCGUUAGAUAUUCAUUCCAUUGCAGACGCUGUGAAGAUAUUCUUACAAGAAAUUCCAAGCCCUGUUAUUCCACAUCAUGUCCACCAAGAGAUAAUCCAGACUCUUCAAGAAGCAUUUAAGGAUGGACCAAAGAGAGAACGGAUUUUGCGGAUUAUCCAGCCACCUGCUGUUCCGCUGCAAAAUGCCCUUACCUUCGAGUACAUCCUCAGGCAUAUUGUUAAGGUUUGCAACAAAGGUAACCGCAAUGGGCUCACUCUGAAGACAGCGGCGGAGAUAUUUGGACCACUGUUGCUUCGACCAGUUAUCUCAGGAGCGGAGGCUGUUCCAGAUUAUCCUGUUCUAUUCCUGGAGCUUCUGCUGCAAAAUGGAGAGGUGCUUCAAGAACAGCUUCCUCCAGCUCUUCCUCCAAAACCAGCUAAACCAAAACCACCGAUGUGUACAGCCAGUGGGGGUGGAGGGACGCUGCAGGAGUCAGAGUGGUACUGGGGAGACAUUUCUAGGGAGGAGGUGAAUGACAAACUACGGGAUACUCCAGAUGGGACGUUUCUGGUGCGUGAUGCCGCCAACAAAAUCCCAGGGGAAUACACACUUACUCUCAGGAAGGGUGGAAAUAACAAGCUGAUUAAAAUAUUCCACCGUGAGGGUAUGUAUGGCUUCUCUGAACCUCUCACCUUCACCUCUGUCGUGGCACUUAUCACUCACUACCGACAUGAAUCGCUGGCCCAAUACAAUGCCAAACUGGACACUAUACUGCUUUACCCCUUGUCUAAAUACCAACAGGAUCAGAUUGUGAAGGAGGACAGCAUUGAGGCUGUUGGAGAGCAGCUCAAGGUUUAUCACCAACAGUACAGACAAAAGAGCCGAACCUUUGAUUCCCUGUAUGAAGAAUACACCAAAACAACUCAGGAGUUGCAAAUGAAACGCACAGCUAUUGAGGCCUUUAAAGAAACCAUCAAGAUCUUCGAAGAACAGAGCCAGACACAAGAAAGAUGCAGCAAAGAUUACAUUGAAAAGUGCCGCAGAGAUGGAAACAGCAACGAGAUUGAAAGGAUACGGCUGAAUGCGGAGAAGCUCGCAUCUCGGGUUAAAGAGAUUCGUGACCGCAAAACUCAACUAGAGCAAGAUUUAUUAAAACAAGCCUCAGAGAAUCGGGAGAUUGACAAAAUGAUGAACAGCUUAAAACCUGACUUGAUGCAACUACGCAAACUCAGAGACCAAUACCUAGUCUGGCUCCAUGGGAAAGGGGCUCGUCAGAAAGACAUAAGCGAAUGGCUAGACGUGAAGAAUGAGCCUGAAGACCCAUACUCUCUAAUGGAUGAUGACGAGGACCUUCCACACCAUGAGGAGCGCACCUGGUACAUGGGGAAAAUUGAUCGUGAGCGGGCUGUAGAGAUGCUUCACAAGAAGCCUGAUGGUACAUUCCUGAUUCGAGAAAGCCGUAGGAACGGCUGCUAUGCUUGCUCUGUGGUGGUUGAUGGCGAUGUUAAACACUGCAUGAUCCUCAAAACGGCUACUGGAUAUGGCUUUGCCGAGCCCUACUAUCUGUACUCCUCCUUAAAAGAGCUGGUCUUGCACUACCAACAUACUUCACUAGUGCAGCACAACGAUGCCCUCAAUGUUACUUUGUCAUUCCCUGUGUUACCACAACUAGCUCGGUGAAUUGUCCCAGUAUGACUAGCAGCAGCGGCUGCUGUUUUCACGUGCCUGACCCACUGCCAUGAUGUUUUUUGCUACAGUUGGGAAUGUAUAUUGCUAUUCUGAUUUCGAGAUAAUUUCACGGCCUUCAUUAAAUGUUAUUGCUUCUGUGAUUGGGACUCCAGAGUCCGGAAAUAUCAAGUGAUUCGUAUUGGCCUAAACAGUGGUCCAUGUCUACAUGUUUUUAAUGCAGUCUGAUGUGACUUCUAAUGUACUGAAACAUGAAUACAUUUCUCAGGCACUACAGCUGUCAAUUGAACUUGUUCAGAAAUAUUUUUAGGCCCUUGGCAAAUAGAGUAUUUGUUAUCGGUCAAAAAGGGUUUCAUUUAUGUUAUGCAGCAACCAUAGCUAAUAGAGGUAUGUAUAAAUAUACAUAUAAAUUGUAUAUCUAUUUUGCUUGUUACUUAUGUUUCUGGUAUCUAUCUUCGCCUCACCUUUUAACUCUAUCAGUCUCAAGCAUUAGAUUACCUACCGGUAUAUUCCCUUUAUUCUAGCAGUAACAUCUAUUUUACUGUCACAUCUACCCACGGUAGCCUUUCAUUGAGGCUCUCCUUUAUAUUGUUUAGGUUUUUGAGUGCCUUUCCUGUCUUUCUAAUCCUGACCGUUUCAAUACUUGUCCUGGGCCAUGUCCUGUUUGAUCUAUGUAAAAUACUAAUCCAAUCAAGCCAACUCUUUACCCCCUAUAGACCAAAUGGCUGCCUUGUUUUUUAUAUAUGAUAGGCUUGUUUUUAUUCUUCUUUAUACUCUUGCUUUUCUUUUUGUUAAGUGCAUUGUUCUGUUUUUAGGCAUAUGCAUGCCUAUUAGUCUAGGAAAAGUAGCAAUUUGAAGCCAUGAGCUAAAAUACGUGAUGAUGGAAAAAUGUUAACUUUAGAGGAUAUCCUAUUAAUUUUUGAGCUUUUAGGUGAUGCUUGAGUUUCCUGUAUUUGAGAAAAGGUAACUAAAAUUAGUCCAGCUGGGAAUGCUGGCUACACGACUCAAAAAAAAUUAAAAAGCACCCUAAAGGCUUUCUCCAACCCCCUUUU